AUGUAUAUAAGAGAACAAGAUGAAGAUAUAUCAACAGAACCGGUGGUAUAUAUAUGUGGAGAAUGUGGUAUUGACACUGUAAUACCACCCAAUGCUUCACUUCGUUGUAAAAAUUGUGGAUCAAAAAUUUUCUUCAAGAAGAGAAGUAGAAGAGUUAUGCAAUAUGAAGCUCGCUAA